GCACUCGUUGCUUCCUCCUGUGCCUACAGCAUACCACCACCAUCACCUCCCGCCUCGGAACAGCGGCCGCCUCCUAUAGAAGGCCUUCUUCUUCCAUUUACUUCGUCCCUGAGCUUGUCCGCACUCAGAAAGGCUUCCAUCACCGCCGCUACAAGCUCCGCUGGUACACGUCGAAGGCGAUCCACCGUCGCCCACACCGCUAGCUUCUCCGCAGCACGACGCAGUCGACGUUUCUGCGGAGGCGCCUCCUCUUCCUCGUGGCGAUUCUUAGGACCUGAAAAUAGUUAGGCAAAUUGUUAUGGCAGAGCAGAUCGCCCACGAUGUGGUAAAGGAAGCACAGUCGAUGGGUGGCCCCUCGCCCAUCGACGAUACUGCGACGUCUACCAACACUCCCGCCGGCGACGGCAAGGCGCCCUCGGAAACCCCGAACGCCCAACCCAGAUACACAGAUACCGAAACCGAGAAGGAGAGUAGAACAGAAGGGGCCGCUGGUACUGCAACAGACACAUCGGAUAAGGCUGGUCCAGAUGCUCCGGACGUAAGUCAGAGUCCCCCGCUGGCUCGCCAUAUUGACAAAGUACAGAACCACGCGAAAGGGUCGGACAAGGGACAAGACGCUGCGGUAACUACGACUGACAAGAAGGAAGCACUAGUUAACGGGGAUUCGGGGGAGCAAUCUGCACCAGAGGACUUCUCAGCACCUCAGACAGCAGGAGAAGUCAGUGGUGCUUCAGAUACCGACAUCAGCCGUCCCGGAAGCGUAGAUCAGACGAAGCGCGAUGCGGGUCAUUUGCGAACGAGUUCUUUAAAGAAACCCCCUUCCUUCAAGUCUGUAUCUGUAACCAAGAACUUCUUGGCCAAAUCUGCGGUGUCCACACCAACCGCGCGACCGGGGGAUAAGGCUUCUGGCGUUGGACAGACAAGUACUGCAACCCAACCGACUGCGAAACCUAGACUAGUGGCCAAGUCAGGAAGCGGAAUCGGAAACAUCUCUCGCUCUUCCUUGUCGAAAGCGAACGGAUUAGGCACCGGCCCAGAUGCCAGUAAGGUGUGGAACAAGAACCAACCCGUUGCCCCACCGCCACCGAAACAAUUCACGGAUGAGGAGCUUAAACAGCAGUAUGGAAUUCAUUUGGCUACGCGUUUGCAAGCGGACGAGUCGAGCAAAGAAGCGAAGUGGGCAGAUAUUGACGAAGACGAAGAUGACUGGGCGCCAGAUACAGUACAGUGGGCGGAUGGCACCAGAUCCUCUGUAGCCGCAGCUGCUGUCGAGAGCAUACCUCCGCCAGCAGAGGACGUCAAGAGUGCCAGCAAGAAGGAGGAAGCAGCAGCAAAUAUACCCAAGCCAGUCCCCAGCACAAUUUCCGGCUCUCAACGACCGAGUGCGACUAGCGGUACUAAGACCAUUCUCAAACCAGGCGCACAUGCACAAGCAACUGCAGCGAAGUCCAGCCUGGUGCUCAAGGGACAGCCGGAGAAGCCUACACUUGUCGCAAAACCGUCAUCGGCUACACCUGUCAAAUCACCAUGGGCCGCCUUGCCCCCGGUUGACAAAGUGCCGCCUGUGCAGAUCAAUCCUCCCGUACAACAGCCCGUGCCUCCUCGAUAUUCGCAGCGAGAAACUCAAGGUUACGAAACUACGCAUCCGCACUUCCCAACUCGAGAAAUGGCACCGGAUGACUUCAACAGGUCGUGGCGGGACGAUCGUGGCAGCAGGGAACUAUUCAACUCUCAGAGCGGACGGUACGAACCGGUUAGUGAAAUGCGUCGUGGUUCUGUCCGUGACAGUGGCCUUCGACAUCAGCCAUCGCUACUGCAGCGGCCUCCGCAAGAAGGUCCUGCGGAGCCGUCAGCGGCCUUCCAAACAUCACGUACCAGCAGUGAUGCUCCUGCAUGGGGCCGUAGACGCACCUCAUCGAAUGUUAGUGGCGGGAGCGGGAGAAUGUUUAUGGACCGACGAGGACCAGAACACCCAGGCAUGGCUCUGAACAUGCAGCGACGUGACUCGCAUGCCGUCAACGGCACUGAAGCUGUCAGCCCGGGUCUGCCGCGACCAGAACUUGCUCACAAGGGGCCACUCAGCGAGGCACAGCACACCCUCACGGAUCAACACGGAGCAUGGCAGCAGAGAGCGUCGCCUCGCAUGGCCAACGUGCAGCCAUUAUCGCCAUACGGAUCCGUCGGGUCUGCAGGAACCCACGAAGGUACUGUUCCUACACAGGUGGUGCCGACCGAGACUGCAGUCGAGGUUCAAAACAGACUGAUGCGUGAGAAGCUGGAGCGCGCGCGACUGGCAAAGCAGAAAGAACGCGAGAAGGAGGAGCAGGAAGAGGCGGCGAGGAAAGAACGGUUACGCAAGAAGCUCGAGGCCAUGGGUCUUGCCGACGAUGUCAAGCCCAAGUCGAAGGACACCUCCCCGUCGCGCUCUGCUGAGAGGUCUCCACAGAAAGCGAAGGCUACGCCGGCGGUCGCGCAGUCGCCUCCCAAGCCGCCUGUGCCGAAGUCGGAGGGUGAAGUCGCUCAGUAUGGCAUGAUGAAGGUGCACCAGCCGCAGCCGGUGAAGAAGCAGAUGCAUACUGGUGAGGGUGGUGUUGCGAGGCCUACGCGUGGGGCGGAGGAGGUGCCCAAGCCAAGCGCGUCUCCUGUGAAGGGUCGAACUAGCCCAAGCGUUGCCGCUCAACCUCCCUCUUCACCUUCACCACCCGCUGGCAAACCCCAACCCCCCUCCUCACUCACCAGCGAUAAUAGUAAGAAUAAGGACAAUAACGGGCCGGCGGCAGAUAAAAGCCGCCCUCGCCCCCAAGAAAACGCUCCCCUCAACACCUCUCAACCUCUUAAGCCUUCCCAGCCUACACCAUCAGUUUGGUCCUCCACGCUUCCUCAGCAACCUCGCUCUUGGGCAUCCAACGUCUGGGGCCCUCCGCAACCGAAAGACAGAGCGCUUGGCAACGGCAACUUCGACCUCAGCUACAACCGUGGUCAGUCGCGACCGAGUCCUCCACAACUUCCUCCCCAGUCUCAGCAGCCCGGGCAAGCACCUUCACUUGGCUUGCCACCGCCCAUCAAACCUUCGCAACCGCAGCAGACUACACCUAAUCCUCCCUUCGCGCAACCAACAAUGGCUACCCAAGUCGAAACCAUGAAUGCUCCCAAGCUCGUUGCGGGCCCGAAGCAGCCUGGUCCGAUCGCGCCCCCAGUCGCCAACGGUUGGGGCAACUUCGCCGCUGCCAUUCGUCGCGACGACAUUGCCACGAUGGAGAAGAAUCUUCAAGAGUUUGAGCGCAUGGGCGGAAAGUCCUUCAGACCCGAAAUCCACGAGACGUAUACCGAUCAGAAGGGUCAGUCGCAGUCCACGGUCCACACUAAGGCCGGCGGGCCGGCCACUGCAACGAACGCAGGCAAACCCGAGGCCACCCAACCCGUCCGCGCAGAGGGUAUCGCUGCCGUCGCGAAUGAAGCACCUGCUCAGACCGUUGCCAACAACACGGCUGCCAGGUCCUCUCGCUUCUUCCCAAGGGCCUCUGAGGCGACCACGCAACCGGCUCCUCAAGCUAGCAGUUCGGGUUCCCCGCCUCCUCCACCGCCCGAGAUCGAGACGCACCCAGUCUAUGAGACAGGCUCUGCUCGACCUGUGGUCCGGUUCCCCAAGCCCACUCCAACGGGCCCGGUGAGCAUGCCUAGCAGGCCCUCCGGGGUCCGCUUGGGGAUGGGUGCUCGGCCGCUUGCUUUGAAUCCUGAGUGGCAAGCCCGUUUCAAUCGUCUUUGGGCUGAGCCGCAAGCUGCUCCGUCAGCGGCGCCGACCACCGUACACUCUGUUCCAGUCCAACCCGCUGGUGUUUCGAAACCAGGCGCGCUUGCCGUCGCUGCUUCCUCGAAGGCUCCGCUCGAGGUCCGCGAGGUUCAGGCCCCUGCUACAGUCUCGUUGCCGUCUGCUGUUGCCAAGAAGACUAGCGAUGAGAGUCUCAAGGAUGUGACCACCCGUUCCAGCGCUGACAACAUGAUGCUCGAAGAACGCGAGUUUGGUUCUCUUCCGGUAGUCAAGCUUCCGCAUAUGGCCCAUCGAGCCGCUGGCGAGGCACCGGUCAGCAGCCCGACGCACCGACCGAACUUCCGCAACCCGCGCGCUCCGGAGGUCACAACCAAACCUAUGUACAACGGGGUUGAGCAGGAUCGCAAUGCCGAUACUAUCAACGUCAUCAUCCUCCUGCCCGGUAUGAGUUCAUCUAUCACGAAGACUAUGCCGAAGAAGCGCGAGCAGCGGAGGAAUGCCGGUCCCAGAGGCCCCAAGCGCACCAACUACAAUUCGAACAACGCAGGAUCGAGCAGUGGCAACGGUCCCCGUCCUCGCAAGCCCUCCAGCUAUCAGGGACAGGGCUCCAACACGAGCAAUUCCACUCGGCCUUCUGGCGGCAACGGAUGGAAUGGCACCCGCUCCGGUCAAACAUGGGCUAGGCGCACCGAUGCGGUCCAUUGAAGUCACAACUUCUGAAGAAGCUCAACCGAUCUAUUGCGAUGGAUGCGUUUCCUCGUUCUCGGAUAGAAGGCGUUCGGCUUAUCUGUUUGCCAUUGUCCUCUGACUCGGCUUACCAUGACGGUGUCCAGGGUUCGGGUAUUGAAGAAUCCAACGUGGGUUCGUAUUGCAGCACAUCUUGUUAUUGCACUUCCUCCUGUC